AUGGCUUUCCAGAUUGCUCCUGAUUCCACUGGGGAUUUUUGUUCUUCCCUUGUGGCAGGCAAGUCCUGGAAAUCCCUCACUCCUUCCCAGAAGAGGCCGUAUGUGGAAGAAGCGGAAAGGCUGCGGGUGCAGCACAUGCAAGAUUACCCCAACUACAAAUACCGGCCACGGAGGAAGAAGCAGGUCAAGCGUAUCUGCCACGCCGGCAGCUACAGGGAGGCCCGGACCAGCAGCAGUGCCAGCAUGGACACCUACCCCUACGGGCUGCCCACCCCGCCUGAGAUGUCCCCUCUGGAUGUGAUCGACCCGGAGCAGAGCUUCUUCGCCUCCCCCUGCCCGGAGGAGCAUCACCACCCCCGUAUGACGGGGGCCCCUUUCUCAUCAGAGUACUCAACCAGUCCCCUCCUGUGUAACCACCACCCCCUGGGCCCCAUGUCUAUCCCUCAGCCCGGCACCCCCAUGAUCUCCCCUGCCUCCAGCUGCCCGCCUCCGCCUCCCACCUACUACCCACCAGCCUUCCACCCCGUCCACCCGCCCAGCCUCCAUGCCCACCUCGGCCCGCUCUCCCCACCCCCCGAGCACCCCAGCUUUCUCAGCCUGGACCAGCUGAGCCAAGCGGAACUUCUGGGGGAGAUGGAUCGCAAUGAGUUUGACCAGUAUCUCAAUGCGCCCAGCCACGCAGACCACGGUGGGGCCAUACUGAACAGACACGGGCAGGUGCCUCCGGUCGCGGGGGGUUCGCCCUCUGCAGAAACUAGCCUCAUCUCCGUCCUAGCAGAUGCCACUGCUAUCUCAGCCUGGACCAGCUGA